AUCGUGAGGUUUUCCCUGCGAUGUUAGUCAUAGUCUGUUUUGUUGUGAUAACUUCUUGAUUCUGUGUUAUAUUUCAUAUACAAUUCAAACAUAAUUUUUUUAUGGAACAUACACAGAAUAUAUAUCGCGCUUUGCUUUAUUUCCGUUUUGCAUUUGUCUUUAGUGACUUUUUUAGUCCAUACACAAUAUUUUCACUGUGUCACAAUAACAUUCCUGGAUUAACAUAAAUGGGUUUUAGUACAAAAUUCCUCUUCCUCAUUACAUUUUUUGGCGAUCAUUGUUGCUCCCCUUAUUACGAAGACCGUAAGCUGCCUCUUCAAAAGGACCUUAUAUGCGAGGAGAAAUAUAAGCCAAAAACGUUGGAUCUAAAAGGAGACUUGGCGUUUGUCGUCUCAUUUGAUCCCAACGAUGUAAAAGAAUGGAAUGGAAAAAGCGAUUUUAAUUGCAUACUCCAUAUAAAAUCUCCGGAUAAAAUGGGAAUAAUAUCAGUCAUACAAAAAAUGUCUCUAAGGACUAAAGAUACAUCAUGUAUAGAUUCUAUUCAAUUCCGACAGUCAGAACCGAUGCAUACUCUUGAGAAAAUCUUACCAUUCAGCCUUCAUAAGAAAACCUCUUGGAGUUUGCCAAUAUGUGGUGAAAUGGACCCUUUAAAAGAACCACCCAAAGAAGGUACUAAGUAUGCGAUGAACUCGUUCGUCGCGAACAACGGUUACAUCGAAGUUAAAAUUCAUAUAGGAAGAAAAAGGAAGUCUGAUGAGAAAAUCGAUUUCCAAAUUGUUUUUACCGCACUACAAAGCUGUAAAAACAGAAGUGCCAAUUUGAUGGCAUGUAGCCCAGACAUCUGUAUAAACAAACAUUUCUUCAAUGAUGGAAAAUACAUUAAUUGCCCUUCAACGCAGUGCAUCGAUGAAGAAUGCUUACCUGUAGAUUCAGGUGAUUCAAAUGGCAAAGCUAGUGAGCAAGUGGUGAACAGUAUGAUCGUGACGGCUGGAGUUUUGAGCGUCAUGGUCUCAUUUAUCAUAUUUCUCGGCUGUUACAUCGCUUGCCGUUCUAUGGAGAUUUGUUGGGUGUUUCGAGAGGGAUCACAAAACAGGGACAGAGGGACUGAACUGUCACAAGUCGAGCCUACAGCUCCUCCACCUGAUACGCCAUCAUCGGAUAAAGAUCUUCCUCCAUCUUACGAGACGCUUUUCCCCGAGACAUGAGGGUCUUGGAAAGUUUGUAUUCACCAAUUUUAUCCCCUUAUGUAAUGAUCAAUUUUAAUUUAAUUCGGAGGAGUGCCAACCUUUUAGCACUGCCAUUGGAACAUCCUAAAAUGUAUGUAUGAAAAAAAAUUAUUUAAUUUAUUUUUAUUAUUAUUCAGCUUUUCUGAACAAUUCCUGUAAAAUAUCAAAAAUUAUGACAUUCCAAUAUUAUGUAAAUUAUAACGUACAAACUAUUUAAUUGAUCAGAUUAUUAAGGCUAUUUUAAAACAGUUUUAUAGAACAAUUAAGAUGUUUCCUUUAGUUAAUUAAUUUUAGUUUGAGUUUGAAUACGCAUUAUAAAUUUUGCUAUACAAUUUUCUAAAACUAUAAUUAACAGUUAAAGGCAGAAUUUUAAAUUUUAUUGUAGGAAGUUUAUUAUAUUAUGAAAAUUUCAAUUAUCAUUUUUUUUUUGCAACAGCAGAAUAAUUUUUUUUUAAAUUUACAAAUAUAAAAAUGGAUAAAAUACAUGCACACAUUCAACACUCAAAUAUGGGUGUGUGAUAAUAAACUAAACCUAUUUUUCUAAUGAAAAUUUGAUUAUGCUCAAGAUACAUUAAGAAUAUUUUUUUUUUAGAUAAUUAAUACAGAAAAAAAGAUAUAGAGUCCCGCUAACCCGAACUAAUUUGAGCUCUGUUCAGUUAAGCUGAAUAACUUCAAUAAUGUGGAAACAAGCAUUAAAACUGGUUUAGUUUGAUAAAAAAUAAGAAAGUACUUUCAAAAAUAAGCGUGACGUUUUGAGAUAACAGGACAAAGGCGUGAUAGUGAAGAAAGAUCGUUUCUGAUCAUUUUUUGACAUGCUUAUCCUCACUGUUUUGUACUGUUGGGUCUGUUUCAACUUUUCUUACAAUUUUGAUUACAAUUUCAGUUAAAACCCACCCAUGACUGCAUACCUCACAAUUAUCAUUAAAAUUUAACUGGAAAGUACAAAAAAUAUAUUUUCUAUAUUGAAAAAUUCUUUCCACAAACCAAAAUGUUACACAGA